CGGCGUGGUGUUAGUCUUCUGGUUUAGAUUGGAAGAUUGGAUAUCACAAGAAAAUAUUUGGUACGAGCUGCUCCAUGGUCUUUGGUAGUUCGGUGAGGAGGCAGACAUGGCAUAGUCCAGCAAUGGUGUGUCACGAUGGUGUAGCGAAUCCUUGCUGCUACAUUCAGGUAUGGAAGGACAUGAAGCAGAACAGCAAAAGAAAAAAGCGGAUAUGCUAUCCGUACCCUUUGCAACACUGAAUCAGCUGUUGCUAUAUUUGUUGGCACCACCGUUCAAGAAUAUGAUGAGGUCUGGCCGGUGGGUCGCCUAUUCAUGGUACAUUAAUGAAGAUAUCGUCGACAUCAACGUAUUUCGAGCAAGCCCAUUGCACAUGCCCCGUUGCCGCAUCUCCUUCCUCUCUGAACUCAGGUUGGCGAGAACUGGCCUACAAAACAUGUUGCUCAGCUGGCUGCACUCAAUCCUUUUUAAAAGAAGGAAGCUGAUUUUCGAUGCACUGUCACAAUAUCAAGAAUUUCCUCCAGGCAGCAAUAGUGGUACACUGGUCGCCGUAUUGUUCAAGGUUGCUGACCGGCGGCUACCGUUGUUCUCUUCUGGAUUUAGGAUUCUGCUAUGUUGUUGGUAAGCUUUACCUUUGAAUGAGAUCCGAAAAUCUGGGUUUCGGAUUUUACUCCGUUUGUUAACCAUGGCCUGAGCAGAUUUUGCAUCCUGCGUUUAGUGGUAGGUGACGCACUGUUAGAUAGAUAAAAGCGUAACCCUUUUUGUUGUCCUCUUACGUUUGGUUUG